GGGCACGGCGAGGUCCGGGCCCCCCGUCCCCUCUCCUAGCCGUGCAGACGAGCCCCCCGAGGCUCCGAAAGGUGACGUGAGUGCCAGGCCCCAGGUGGGAGCCCGGGCUUCCCCACUCCGGCUCCAGCAGCGUCCCCGCGGCCUGGCCCUGGAUGAGCAACACCAGUAAUAAGAGAGCACCGACCACAGCAACCCAGAGGCUUAAACAAGACUACCUUCGAAUUAAAAAAGACCCAGUGCCUUAUAUUUGUGCGGAACCCCUUCCUUCGAAUAUUCUGGAAUGGCACUAUGUCGUCCGGGGACCUGAGAUGACUCCUUAUGAAGGUGGCUAUUAUCAUGGAAAACUAAUUUUCCCCAGAGAAUUUCCUUUUAAACCUCCUAGUAUUUAUAUGAUAACUCCCAAUGGAAGAUUUAAAUGUAAUACAAGGUUAUGUCUUUCAAUCACUGAUUUCCACCCUGAUACAUGGAAUCCAGCUUGGUCAGUCUCAACAAUCUUGACGGGUCUGCUCAGCUUUAUGGUGGAAAAAGGCCCCACAUUGGGCAGCAUAGAAACUUCAGACUACACGAAAAGGCAACUUGCCGCACAGAGUUUGGCAUUUAACGUAAAAGACAAAGUGUUUUGUGAAUUGUUUCCUGAAGUGGUGGAGGAGAUAAAACAAAAACAGAAAGCACAAGAUGAACUCAGUAGCCGACCCCAGCCCCUCCCAUUGCCAGACGUGGUCCCUGAUGGGGACACUCACCACGGUCAGAAUGGGAUUCAGCUUCUAAACGGGCACGUGCCGCUGGCCGGCCCCAACCAUGCGGGCCUGCAGCAGGCCAACCGCAACCACGGACUCUUGGGAGGCGCUCUGGCCAACCUGUUUGUCAUAGUCGGCUUUGCCGCCUUUGCCUACACAGUCAAGUAUGUCCUGAGAAGCAUAGCCCAGGAGUGAGCCGCACGCCGGGAUUCCAAGACCUUGGUCGGAGCGAAGCAAGUGAGACUCUGGGCAGCGGAGCGUGACCCUGGGGCAGAUGACAAGCAGGCUGGGUCUGGUCCUGCUGGGCUCCUGGGGUUUAGUUUUGGAAGCCUUUACAAAACACAAACAAAGCCAGACCCCAGAGUGGGCGCAGCUGGGAUCUGAGAAAUAUGUGAGAGUCUUGAAUUCCUGUCUUCUUAACCUCCCUGUGUGUCUGUGGCUGUAGAGCAACUCAGCGCUGUGGAUGAGAAGCCGGCGCUCUUAACGCUCGGUCUCUUAGCACCGGCCCCUAUUCAGUUUGUUGGACUUGUUUGAAGUAAACACAUUUUUCAUUUUACAUAAUUUGGUCGUUCAAAAAACCCUGAAACUCGAUGCCUAGCCCUUGUCGUACGUACUGUUUUUAGUUUAGGUGAAGGACUCUGAUCUGGAAUGAGACGGAAGUGGCCAGUAUCAAACUUGGGAGGGUGGCCGGGGGUGGCUCACUGGACUGCCUUGCAGGAGCCUGACCGCUCCCCAUUUCACGGCUGAUCUUCAGCCAUGCUUUGUGUUGGCUAAUUGGUUUUUUGGUUUUUGGUUUUUGUCAAAAUGGAUGUCUUAAUAAGGCUUAGGAGGAACUCUUAGGAGUUCAGGUAGCCAGUCACCUGUUAGAUGCUUCUGCUGGCCAGUGACAAACUUUUAGACUAAUCCAGGGCCAUCAUCGAUUUAUCUCAGCAUUUUUAGUGUGUUUAUGUUCACUUAGAAUGACAAAAGAAAUGACUUUUAGGAAAGGGUUUUUCCUUCUAUACCACCCUCCCCCCUCUCAAAUUAAGAUUCUGUUUUGCUUUCUGAUCGCAAGAUGUCAUUGUUUACUUAAAUAAAUCUGCAGAGAAACUGACAGGCUGCUCCGAAUGUGUCGCAUUUGUCACAGAUUCCUCUGGAGGGCUUGUAGUGGAGAAUAGUAAUAGAUGCUGUCUGGUGGCAGACUCUAGGGCGGGGAGGGGCAGAGGAGAUGAAUUCUGGACCAGCUUACGCCCACUCAGGGGUCUCCUCCUGCCUCAGCUGCCACGGCCAUCACUGUCAAGCUGCUCUCUCCCUUCAGGCGAUUGGCAAAGCCUACCCGUAACCACAUGGCCCCCCUGCAAGUAUCUCCCCUUGAUUCACGUGGCCCUCAGACAUCGACUGGCCAGCCUUGAGCCUCUCACUUUGCUCCUGGUUCCUUAGUUCAGGGUUAACUGAGAAGGAAAGAGCUGCCCCCCUCUUUGGUCCCCUGUCGAGGGCAGGAAAUCCCAUUCUGUGCACGUGGCCUUUUCUCUGAAGGGAUUCCAAUAGAAUUGGAGGCCUUUCCUUUCUCGGUCUGCAUACUCGCUUGACUCCAGUAUUUUGACUUGGUCUGUAGGCAGGUUUUGUGCCUAUUACAGUUGAAUGUGAUGGGUCACCCUGCAUGGGAUGACAGAGUUCCCCCUGCAAGACAAGACCAGAAGGAGUUGGCAUGGUCUGCAGAGAAAAAUCAGUUCCACAGCAGGGUGUCUGGGAACUCUCUGUUCUGUGUGCCCCACGAGUGUCCCUGAGAAUGGACCGUCCUUAGGCUGUUGAGAUGCACAUUCGAGCUGUGCGGUCUCUGCUUCUGGGGGAUACUGGGAAGCAGGCAUCGCGUUCUUUCGCAGAGCCAUAGAACUUAGCUAAUGGGCUAUCCUGGGACCAGUUUUCUCUGCAUUAGGUGGCCAGCGGGCUAAUAGGCCAGUACUGUAGUGAGGAAAUUGUGAUGCCCCCUUCUAGGGACAGCACAGCAGGGAAGGGAUCUCUCAGAACCCCAACAACCAGAAACGCAAGCCAUGAUUUAUAAGCCUUUGACUUUUUUUAAAUCGGCCGCUUUGUAUGUGUUUGGUUUGCCCUUGUUCAAAGAGCGUCUGUCCGUCUCUAGAGCUAGUUCUGUUCUAGUCUGGGUCUUGGGGGAAGAGCUGUCUUGUUAUGUGUCUUCCUGUGCUGACUUAGGGGGAGGUGAGGAGUGCUGCCAUUUGAGAUUCUGAAGACGGUCAGACUGUCAUGGGUAAGCCCAUAUUGCCCAUCCUGGAGCGAGGCUGUAGCUGGACUCCCAGACUCCUCCACCUUUGUUUGCAGACGUGCCAUCAGAAUGACCCAGUAGGAAGGCAGCAGCCUGUUGUCAUGUCCUCGGUAGUUGGAGGUAGCCGAGGUGGAAAGAUGACAAAAAUCGGGGAUGCCUGAUGGCCACAGACCUUUUGAGGGGGAGGGUGGGUGGAAGGUGGCACUGUGUAAUGACUGGCCCUAGAGCUGAGCCCCUGGCACCUGAAGGCACAGCUAGCUGUUCAAAGAGUGCUCCCCUUUUAGAAGGUGCUUGUGCUGCGGCUUCCCAUCCUUGCUCUCUGCCAUCCCCCUCCAGUGAUGCCUUCCUUCUCAGCUGCCCUUUGUGUUACCUAGGAGAUGAGGACAAAGAGGGCCUGCUUGCACCGAGGAAUUUCUCAGAGCCCCGCCACUGACACGCAGGCCGCUCUGUAUAGGUUUCUUCCAACAAACAAGCAGCCCCUUGAGUCCGGCCUGGAGGAUCUCGGCAUUCCUCUACGAGGCUGAAAUGUGGCCCAUGAUGCUGAGGCCAUGUGUGAUCUGAAUGUUACACAGCAAAGUGAGCUUCCUUUUUUCUGCCGGUGGAACUGACCCUUGUUCGGUCUCGAUUUCCUGGGUCACCCUCCCUAACCACUUGUGGGGAUGGUCAGAAAUGUUUCCCCUCUCUUUUAAAUCCCUUGACAGUGCUUAGCUUUAGUUCAGUUUUUAAAAUCACAUGCUUUGGGCUCUGGUGGA